GCGGCGGCGGAGGCUGCGGCGGCUGUGUCGAGAGGGCGGCCAAGCCCCUGCGACCUAGGGCAGAGUUCCGCUACCUUAGUGCCCAGCUCGCGGAACGAGGUGGGCGGGCGGCUCGGGACCAUGGCCAGGGCCGGCAUGGAGCGGUGGCGUGACCGGCUAGCACUGGUGACGGGGGCCUCGGGGGGCAUCGGCGCGGCCGUGGCCCGGGCCCUGGUCCAGCAGGGGCUGAAGGUGGUGGGUUGUGCCCGCACUGUGGGCAAUAUAGAGGAGCUGGCUGCUGAAUGUAAGAGUGCAGGCUACCCCGGGACUUUGAUCCCCUUCAGAUGUGACCUGUCAAAUGAAGAGGACAUCCUCUCCAUGUUCUCGGCUAUCCGCUGUCAGCACGGCGGUGUGGACAUCUGCAUCAACAACGCUGGUUUGGCCCGGCCUGACACCCUGCUCUCAGGCAGCACCAGCGGUUGGAAGGACAUGUUCAAUGUGAAUGUGCUGGCCCUCAGCAUCUGCACGCGGGAAGCCUACCAGUCCAUGAAGGAGCGGAAGGUGGACGACGGGCACAUCAUUAACAUCAACAGCAUGUCUGGCCACCGAGUGGUACCCCUGUCUGUGGCCCAUUUCUAUAGUGCUACCAAGUAUGCCGUCACUGCACUGACAGAGGGACUGAGGCAAGAGCUUCGAGAGGCCCAGACCCACAUCCGAGCCACGUGCAUCUCUCCAGGAGUGGUGGAGACACAGUUCGCCUUCAAACUCCAUGACAAGGACCCUGAGAAGGCAGCUGCCAUCUAUGAACACAUAAAGUGUCUGAAAGCUGAAGAUGUGGCAGAGGCUGUCAUCUAUGUCCUCAGCACCCCGCCACAUGUCCAGAUCGGAGACAUCCAAAUGAGGCCCACGGAACAGGCGACCUAGUUUGCUGUGGGGAGCCCUGUCUUCCUUCCCCGACCCUCACGGCUUGGUUCCUGCCUCUGGAUUGUAGGUGUUAAUUUCUGGACUCCUGGAUUCUACUUCCUCUCCCCACCCCCACCAGGGGUUAGAAAAUUUGUUUCUUUCAGAUUUUUUAUCUUAUCAAAUUGUUUCCGCCACAAAUGUGAAAAGUGGGCUGGAGAGAAGAGGUGGUGUCUCUAAUUGUUUUACCCGUUAACUCAAAAGCAGUCACUCACGACAGGUUCUUGGUUCCCUUCUUGGGCUCCUUGACCUUUGUUUGCUGUCCUUGGUCUCUUCCCUUUGACCUGGGGAAGGUACUGUGGCCAAAAGGGGGGCUUCCCUCUAUCUUCUCGAAUCCCACCCCAUGUUGCUCAGGGAUGAGAUGGCAGAGAGAACUCACCUAUCUGAAUCGCUAUCAAGGACUAUAGGCUUCCUCCUCUCCCUGUCUGACUACACCCACUGCGCCUUCUCUUCCCCCAUCCCAGUUCUGUCCAAUUGUGGCUUCUCAGCCCCCCGUGGGAUCAUCAUUGUACUCAGACAAUGUCAGCAAGAUACCAGGGCCUGCCUCCCAAUUGUUUUUCACUGUGAUAAUUAAAAAAGAAAAAUCGCAACAACCUA